AUGGCCGUCUGGGAAGCGUCUACUUCCAGUAUAUACUGGAGCUCAGGAUCGGGUAGUUUGAGAGUGGGAGCAGUUGUGAAACAAGUUUUCAAUAUUUCGAAAGCUUUCUGUGCUUCAUUGUUCCAGGUGUAUCUUUGUUUGGAGCUUGUCAAUUUGGCAGCUGCAUUAGUUCAUAUCUACAAUGAUGGCUCAGUAUUAGUGUCACACGGAGGCACUGAGAUGGGACAAGGUAUUCAUACCAAAAUAACGCAGAUUGCCAGCCGUGAAUUGGGAAUACCUGUAUCAUACAUUCACAUCUGUGAAACCAGUACCACCUCUGUCCCCAAUACUAUUGCCACUGCUGCAACUGUUGGGACGGAUGUAAAUGGGAUGGCAGUUAAGGAUGCUUGUGAGAAACUUCUUAAACGACUUGAACCCAUUACCAGCAAAAAUCCUUCAGGUUCUUGGGAAAGUUGGGUAAAAGAAGCUCUUUUUCAAAGAAUAAGCCUUUCUGCCACGGGAUUUUUCAGGGGAUAUGAAACCUAUAUGGACUGGGAGAAAGGGGAGGGUCGGCCAUUUGAAUAUUGUGUUUAUGGGGCUGCCUGUUCGGAGGUGGAAGUGGACUGCCUAACGGGAGAUUAUAAGAACAUCAGAACAGACAUUAUAAUGGACACCGGUUGUAGCAUUAACCCAGCUGUGGAUGUAGGACAGAUUGAAGGAGCAUUUGUACAAGGUAUUGGGCUCUAUACAACAGAGGAACUAAAAUACUCUCCAGCUGGUGCUCUGUUAGCAUAUGGACCAGGAGAAUACAAGAUCCCUUCUGUAUAUGACAUUCCUAGAGAGUUCAAUGUGUCACUGCUUCCUUCAUCUCAGAACCCAAACGUUAUCUACUCCUCCAAGGGCAUUGGAGAGCCAGGCCUUUUCUUAGGUUCUGCUGUGUUCUUUGCAAUAAAGAAUGCUUUAUCAUCUGUCCGAAAGGAACGAGGCUUGUCUAGUACUUUUACACUAAACAGCCCUGCAACCCCAGAGAGGAUACGUCUGGCUUGUGGAGACAAGUUUAUUGAUAUGAUUAAAAUGGAUGAUCCUGCAACUUUCACCCCAUGGUCUAUUGAUGUAUGA